AUGGCAUACAGGCUGAGGAUCAGCUCUUCAGGCACAGCAGUUUCGCAGGCAGCCAUGCAUUUUUCUCUACAGAUCCUGUUGUUGGAAGGGGCACCAACGAGUCUGGUGUGCCCCUCAGAGAUCCUGAAGAAGCCUCGCCUGACCCCUCAGGUGGCAUUGGUUCUGUUUGCCCAGGCAGCGCUGCCCAUAGAUCCGCUGCAGAUUGAGCUCAUCCGGAUUUUGGGCACAGGCUACGUGGCAGCUUCGGCGGGUGCAGAGAGGAGGGAGCUGCACAAGAGUGUGUACCGGCGGCUCAAUAUGGGAGUGGUCACCUUUGCAACUGCGGCCCUGGCAGCAGAGGUGCUGCACAUUGACUUGCUGGAGAUCACAGCAUCCAUCGGAAUGGCAACCCUGCUGGGCAUCACCAUCGCUGUUCCCGCCUACUACUAUGCCAUUACCUCCGGCCACGGCUUGGGCCUCUGGAGCAUCCUCAAGGGGGCGGUGAGGGAUAUGGACAUGCUGGGGCGAGUGAAGAAUGGCAAGGCGGUUGCCUACGCGCUGCUGACCCCGGCCUUCUACGGCGCUGGUCUGGCAUGCAUGCUGACUCCGGAGGAGAGCCUGACCAAUGUAUUUCUGUACGCGCGCGGCGAAGACUGCAUCACCCUCUGGCGCAUGUUUGGCGCCUCGAUGCUCAUGCUGCCCACCUGGACAAUCUCCCUCAAGGAAGCAGCGGACAGGAUGCACCUGGACAAGCCGCCCUACAUCACCCUCAACAUGGGCCUGGUGCUGACAGGGCUCAUCAAUGUGGCCAUCCUGUCGCCCUGGUGGACUGAAUUCAGCGCAGGACCCAUCAUGCCACUCAUGCUGGGCACCUGGGCAGCGGCUGCGGUUGUGGGCGCCUGGGGCGAACUCACACCCACCUCGGCUGACCCCAUCACACGGCCCUGA